AAAGUUUCGAAAAUCUGACACAGCACACAUUUGCUUCCCUCUUUCUUCCUACUCUGCUCUGCCCACCUUACCCACAUGUCAAACCAAACCAGUGAAUGGAACCGCUCGCACAUGGAUGAUACUACUACCACUACUACUUCUACUGACCAACAACUCAAAAGCGUCGAUCCGCUUCAACAUCGGGAUGGUGAGCAGCAAGUAGCCACCUCCUCCUCUGCUGCAGGUGGUGGUCAUUCCUCGUGGAUCGACGACUUUCCGUCACCCCAGGAAGUUGCUGCUGCCGACAAGCACAAGCACACUAGCGCCGCCACCGGUGUAAGCGACUUGCUUAGCAAGCCGUCUCCCUCUCCCAUGAACUCUUCAGAAUCCAACAAUACGCGCUCUUAUGCUUUCGUCACCGACUUCCCAUCCCCUCAAGAAGCAUCCAAGGCUGUCGACAGUCACCCAUCCACGGGCGUCAGCGACCUGCUGCAUCACGACGAUGACGACAAGACGAAGCGGAAGGGCGACAAGGUAGAUUCAACGGUGCCUCCGCAUCCACAGCGCUCUUUCGCCAACGUUGCUGGCAACAAAGACUUUCCAAGCCUGGAGCCGAGCCCAACGCCGUCUGCAGAGUCAACCGAAAGUUUAUCGCAUAUACCGGACGUCAAGGAAAUGCUGGGAUCGGCAUCCGUCAAGGUCAAGCCUCCGCCGCCCUCACAGAGCUUUGCCAAAAUGGCUGCCAAACCACCUCCUCCGCAAGAAGAAAAACCGAGUCCACGCGCUGUUGCUGUUGAAAAGCAAAACCAGGAACUGGCAAACCAGCCAGCCGACCCCAGCGACGUCUCCCACGAGAACUUUCCUACACUUGCACAGGCGAACCAGAUGGCUGAACAAGGCGCUGCCAGUACAGAGGACAGAGCCAUGUUUACAGAAAUAUCCAAGAUUGGGGAUGCUGCCGAGGCGGCUGCUACAGCUGAUCCUGCUGCCGAUGUAGAAGAGAAGAAGGACAAGGCGCCAUCGUUCGCCAAGGUGACCGGUAGCAACCUGGACAAGGCACCUCCAUCUGCGUCCUCUGUUCCCGUGCCCAGCCAUCCGCAAUACGACGAGCAAACCAUGCUGAACGCGAGUGCCAAGCGCGAAGCACGCAAAUGGAAACAGCAAGAAAACAAUAACACCCAUGAAGAAGAUAAAAUGACGACUCCCGAGCAAGUACUGUUGGAGGAGAGAAAGGAAGAGAUCCAAGAGCAAAAGGAGAACGAGGCUGCAGUUGUAUCCAAGCGCAUCGAGCUGUUUGACAGGAGACACAAGGGCAAGUUUACGAUGCUGGACACCUUCAAGACGCUGCGCGGGAUGGGCUAUUCGUUCCUCACUGCCAUCCCCAUCACCGUAUUGAUGCAUCUUCGCAUGUCUCCACUGACGUCACCGUACCGAUUCCCGUUCCUUUAUCGUUCGCUCACAGACUACUUUACGCUGCCGAUAUACACCAACAAGCUCGUGCCGGCUCUUGGCUACGGUGCCCCACUGCUGACAGGUCGACGCGGUGCCGAUCUGGUCACGCAAUUCGGACGCCAACAACGCGGCACGAACACGGUUGGGUUGACCUUUUGGGACGGUUUGCGUGGUAUGCGACACAGUGAGAAGCGCCAGCAGUUCUGGCAAGUCAGUACGUGGGCAGUGCAUCGAUUACAAUGGAUGGCUGUGUACACCUUGCUGCAGGAUCCAAACUCCCAUCUCGUCACAGCCGAUGCGCUUUCUGGCUUGCCCGCUGUUUCUUCUAAAUAAUUUAGACUAUCUCUUUCUACACUCUGUAUCCUUCUAAAACUGUUUUAUAUUUGAUAAUUUGUAUGUACAUAAUAUCAACUCGUUCUGUCCUCAUCCCUCUGUUCUAAUGUUGAAUUUAAAACUUAGCAAUGCAUUGUCUUCUUGUCCGACGCUCCUUUCAUUGCCAGCAUAAACUUCUCUAUUGUUCGUCUGCCAAUGACAUCAUUACCCACUAAAAGAGGCAAUUUUCAUAUUCGGAUUAAUACCUUUUGGUCCGCCUUUUGGAAAUAGGCGGUUCAUACUACA